AUGAUAACAGACUCACAACAAACAGCUCAAUCAGAAGCACAUCCUGUGAUAAUAUCAGACUUUCAAUCUAUCAUUCCUAGAUCAGAUCGUACAACUACACUCAAUGAUAAAGCUAAUCAAGUUCAUAACAGGUUAGGGAAAAAUCAACAUGUCUUAUCAAAAAGGAGUAUGGGAUAUUAUAAACUCGGAAGCAAAAAAGAUACCAUCAAUAAUAUACUCGUACCAGAAAAGACAGGCAAGUUUUCUAGUGACACAAAAUUUGAGAUGUCUCCUUCUCCACGUACUCCAUCUAAGAAAUCAAACAGACACCUCUCGGAAUGUGAAGCAAAAGAAUCUAAGAGCCGAUCACUAACAUUCCUGAACUGGUUGUCUUUUUCACAACUUAGUCCAUCUAAGCAACCAAACAGAGCCCUCGCCGACUUUGAUCCCAAAGGACGCCGGAGCCAAUCACUGGAAAUAGAAAGUGAAGGACCGAUCAACUUAUUCAGGCCCCCAAAGUUAACGAAUUCCAAUGAAAAACCAAAAGUAAUUCAAAGUGAAAGUGUCCAACGAGCUACUAAAAAAUCCUUAGGGGCCCAAACCCAAACAAUCGGAGGUGGCUCACUCUAUAGCAAAAGCUUCAGCUGGCCAAGUACUUCCACUUGCGGCAUCGAUAACUUGGAUCUUGUACACUCUCCAACUCCAAGUAACAAGAAUGGAAAGAAUGUUUUUUUUGACGGCAAUAGAUCAGUACGAGCGAAAAACGAUAUUCGAAGUAUGGCGCAUCAAGAAAUUGCUCACGCAGAAGGCCAAACAUACAGGCGUUCUCGUUCUGCAUCAGAGAUCGUCAUGUCGAAACCUUCCGUACGAGGAUCUCCGGUGCGCGGUAAAAAUGGAAAACCAAAGAAUGCAUACAAGAUUCCGGGACGACCAACUCUGCUUGUCAUAGAUGAGAACAAACAGACUUGA